CUUGACAGUGUGACAUCCGGCGGAAGUAAACAACGCAAGCACGUGCGACGUCAGCGGCUCGCAAGUGUGGAGUUAGCGGGGAAACGAUGUUGUUGUCGUCGCGGAGGUAAAACAACAAUGUCGUCAGUUGAGAACAUGAGAACGUUUUUCCUCGAGCGGCUGACUGCUGCUGCAGAAGAAAUAUUCGGAGUUUUUGAAAAAACUAUCUUCGAGUACCAGGAAGAGGUCGACCGUCAGCGCAGACUGCUGGACAUCGUUUGGAAACCUGUAAUAAAGUUACACAGGACAGAGCAACAUGUCUCUCAGGAGGAGGAGGAGGUUCUCUGUGAGCAGCAGCUCUGUAUUCAGGAGAGGAGCUCCAGUCUGGACCAAGAGGACCCAGAGCCUUCACAGAUUAAAGAGGAACAGGAGAAACUCUGCACCAGUCAGGAGGGAGAGCAGCUUGAGCUGAAGCAGGAGACUGAGACCUUCAUGUUGACUCCUACUUAUGAAGAAACGGACCACAGUGAACCAGAACCCACACGUGACCACCAGCUCCUCUCUUACAUGUCUCAUGUAGCUGAGAGCCCAGAUCAGAAAGGAAGUGAGCAUGAAGACUCUGAAUCAACCAGCAAUGCAGAGCCACAACCAAAGAAAAUACAUCCCAAAAAUAGAAGUCACUGUGACGAUGAGAACUUGUUAAAGAUUCACAAUAAUACUCAAACAGGUAAAGCACCUUUCCGAUGUAACACAUGUGGCAAAGCUUUCAAGUUCAGGUCGGGUUUGUAUUCACACCUGAGAACCCACACAGGUGAGAAGCCACAUGCUUGCAAAUACUGUGGAAAAGGAUUCAGUAAGACAUCAACAUUGCAGACCCAUAUAAGAAUCCACACAGGCGAGAAGUCAUUUUCUUGCAAAACAUGUGGAAAGGAUUUUCGAUGUCGUAGUAGCUUGACGGUCCACAUGAGGACCCACACAGGUGAGAAGCCAUUUUCUUGCAAAACAUGUGGAAAGGAUUUUCAAUAUAGUAGUAGCUUGAUGGUCCACAUGAGGACACACACGGGUGAGAAGCCAUUUUCCUGCAAAACAUGUGGAAAGGAUUUUCAAUAUAGUAGUAGCUUGACGGUCCACAUGAGGACACACACGGGCGAGAAGCCAUUAUCUUGCAAAACAUGUGGAAAGGAUUUUCGAUGUCGUAGUAACUUGACGGUCCACAUGAGGAAACACAGGUGAGAAGCCAUUUUCUUGCAAAACACGUGGAAAAGAUUACGGACGUAAUAAUGCCUUAUUGGUUUUCAUAAGACGAUUCCACUCUGGGGAGAAGCCGUAACUCUGCAAGACCUGCAGGAAAACAUACUUUGAGGCUACUCCAUUGACGAGGCAUAUAAGAUCACAUACAGACAAGUUGUAUCUGCAAAAUGCAUAAAAGAUAAUUCAGUUCUCGAGUUUAGUUUGUGCAAAUGUUUGACCAAUUUUGUUUUGUUUUUAGAAUAUAUAUAUAUAUAUAUAUAUAAUACACACACACACUUCAGUAUUAUGAGUGGAAUGUAAACACCGUUGAGGCUGAUAAACCUUCUCUUUCUUGUUGAGUAAUGUUUCAUUAGACAACUUCUAUUGUAUUUUGUAAUUGCAUCAACUUUAGAGGUCGCCCACAAACAAAUUGUAGGUGUGUGUGCAACAUGGUGCUGUCAAAGAAUCAACCGGAGCAAUGGUGAAGAACAGUAAAUGGAAAAGUAAGAAUCAGUGCUCAAAGGGAAGUGGGCAGCAAAAUGCAGUUAUUGUUCUUGCCUCUUGUAUGUAUUCUGAUAAUAAAGCUUUGUGAGGUGAUGAAUGCCAGAUUCA